UUUAGAAAGUUCAGUCUUGAAAGUUCAAUAUUGUUUUUGAAAGGUGAGCGAAGAGCUGAGGACACAGCCCCUCGCUCACUGGGCGAGGUCCCUCCAUCAGAGUGAGGAUCAGAAGGAGCUGGAAGCUUCAUCUGCAAACAUGGACACAAGUCUUCAGACCAGCGGAGCGAUGCUCACAGGUGUGGAAAGAGAGGAGGAAGCUCCUCCCUCUAAAGCCCCUCUGGGUGAGGACCAUGGCAGCCAGACCAGAGCUCAGAGCUCAGAGCCACUCACAUCAGAAGCUGCUGGACGAGGACACAGACCUGGACCUGCUCCCAGCUGUGUGUCUCUGAAGAGUGACAGGUCUAUGGAAAGACCUGUUUACUUCAGUAGUGUACAGAACGAUCAGAGGAGGAGCAAGCUUAAUCGGGAGAAACCAGAAGAUCUUGAACUCAGCUGUGUGUCUCUGAAGAGUGGCGCAUCGAAGAAUCUUAACAUUUAUUUCAAAGGUGGACAAGGGCCUUCAGGAGAGAGAGAGGAUCAGCAGGUCUCAGAUGUUCUCAGUCUCCAGUGUGUCCAGCACCAUCAGACAGAUCUGGACUCCACACUUCAGCUCCUUGAGGAGACUGUCAUGACCCUGGUGAAGAAGGAAGUGAGGAGAGUCCAAAGGUUCCUCAGUCCAGAUGAUCCCAAAUACCAGGAUGAUGAGGAAGAGGUGAAGGUGAAGUGUGAUGAGGAGCAGAUGAGGAGCAGCAGAGAAGCUUUCCUGGACUUCAUCAUGAACCUCCUGAGGAGCAUGGAGGAGGAGGAGCUUGCUGGUCGUGUGUGGAGCAGAAGUCGUACUGGAACGUGUGCAGGACGACUGAAGAGGAGCCUGCAGAAGAAGUUCCACAGUGUGUCUGAGGGAGUGGCUAAAGCAGGGAACUCUGCCCCUCUGAAUCAGAUCUACACAGAGCUCUACAUCACCGAGGGGGGCACAGACCAGGUCAACCAGGAGCACGAGGUCCGACAGAUCGAAGCAGUGACCAGGAAGCAGAGCAGACCAGAAAGGACCAUCAGACAAGAAGACCUCUUUAAAGCCUCAGCUGAGAGAGAGGGACCAUUCAGGAGCCUGCUGACAAAGGGCGUGGCUGGCAUUGGGAAGACCCUCCUGACACAGAAGCUGACUGUGGACUGGGCUGCAGGCAAAGCCCACCAGAACUUCCAGCUCAUGUUUCCUUUCACCUUCAGGGAGUUGAACCUGCUGAAAGAGAAGCAGUUGAGUUUGGUGGACCUUGUUCAUCGCUUCUUUCCUGAAACUAAAGAAUCAGGACUCAGCAGCUUUGAAGGAGUCCAGGUUCUGUUCAUCUUGGACGGUCUGGACGAGUGUCGACUCCCUCUGGACUUCAACAGCCAGGUCCUGACAGAAGCUACAGAGUCCACCUCAGUAGACGUCCUGCUGACCAACCUCAUCAGGGGGAAGCUGCUUCCCUCAGCUCACCUCUGGAUCACCACACGACCUGCAGCAGCCAAUCAGAUCCCUCCUGAGUGUGUGGACAUGGUGACCGAGGUCAGAGGGUUCACUGACCUCCAGAAGGAGGAAUACUUCAGGAGGAGGUUCAAAGAUGAGCAGCAGACCACCAUCAUCUCUCACAUCAGGAGCUCACGAAGCCUCUACAUCAUGUGUCACAUCCCCAUCUUCUGCUGGAUCACUGCCACAGUUCUGGAGGACAUGUUGAAGAGCAGAGAGACCAGAGAGCUGCCCAAGACCCUGACUGAGAUGUACAUCCACUUCCUGGUGGUUCAGGCCAAAGUCGAGAAGCUCAAGUACCAUGGUGGAGCUGGGACAGACACAGUUUGGGAUCCUGAGAGCAGGAAGAUGAUUGAGUCUCUGGGAAAACUGGCUUUUGAGCAGCUGCAGAGAGGAAACUUGAUCUUCUAUGAAUCAGACCUUAUAGAGUGUGGCAUCGACAUCACAGCUGCUGCACUUUACUCAGGAGUCUUCACACAGAUCUUCAGAGAGGAGAGAGGACUGUACCAGGACAAGGUCUUCUGCUUCAUCCACCUGAGUCUGCACGAGUUUCUGGCUGCUCUUUAUGUCCACCUCACGUUUUUCAACUCUGGAGUCAAUCUACUCGAUUCACAACAAACAUCUGUACUGACAAGAAUCUUAAGACACAAACAUCACAUGAAACAGUUCUACCAGAGAGCAAUAAAUGAAGCUGUAGAAAGUACCACUGGACAUCUGGACUUGUUCCUGCGCUUCCUUCUGGGUCUGUCUCUGCAGAGCAGCCAGAGUCUCCUUCCAGGUUUGUUGCCACAGACAGGAAGUAGCUCCUGGAGCCAUCAGCACACAGCAAAGCUCAUCAAGAAGAAGAUAAGUGAGAAAGUGUCUCCAGAGAGAAUCAUCAAUCUGUUCCACUGUCUGAGUGAAGUGAAGGACAUUUCUCUAGUGGAGCAGGUCCAACAGCAGCUGAGGUCAGGACGUCUCUCCACAGCUCAACUGUCUCCUGCUCAGUGGUCCACCCUGGCCUUCAUCUUACUGUCCUCAGAGGAAGAUCUGGAGGUGUUUGACCUGAAGAAAUACUCUGGUUCAGACAAGGUUCUUGAGAGGCUCCUGCCUGUGGUCCAAGCUUCAAAACAAGUUCUACUGAGAGACUGUCAGCUGUCACACAGAAGUGGUUCCAUUCUGUCCUCAGUCCUCAGCUCUCCGUCCUCUCGUCUGACACAACUGGACCUGAGCUACAACUACAAGCUGGACGAUCCAGGAGUGGAGCUGCUGUCUGCUGGACUGAAGAGUCCACACUGUCACCUGGAGACUCUCAGCCUGAGCUGGUGUCAGCUGUCAGAGAGAAGUGGUUCCCUUCUGUCCUCAGUCCUCAGCUCUCCGUCCUCUCGUCUGACACAACUGGACAUGAGCUACAACUAUGACCUGGAGGAUCCAGGAGUGGAACUGCUGUCUGCUGGACUGAAGAGUCCACACUGUCACCUGGAGACUCUCAGCCUGAGCUGGUGUUUGCUGUCAGAGAGAAGUGGUUCCCUUCUGUCCUCAGUCCUCAGCUUUCCGUCCUCUCGUCUGACACAACUGGACCUGAGCUACAACUAUGACCUAAAGGAUCCAGGAGUGGAGCUGCUGUCUGCUGGACUGAAGAGUCCACACUGUCACCUGGAGACUCUCAGUCUGUCAGGGUGUAGGGUCUCAGAGAGAGGCUGUGCUUCUCUGGCCUCAGCUCUGACCUCUAACCCCUCCCAUCUGAGAGAGCUGGACCUGAGCUUCAACCAUCCAGGAGGACCAGGACUGAAGCUGCUGUGUGCUGGACUGGAGAGUCCAGACUGGAGGCUGGAGACUCUCAGGCUGGAUCACUGUGGACCACAGAGGUUAACAUCUGGACUGGAGAGAUACUUCCGUCCACUCUCACUGGACCCAGACACAGCUCACCGACGCCUCCUGCUGUCCAACAACAACAACAUGGUGGAGCUAGUGACGGAGGAUCAGGAGUUUCUGGACCAUCCCGACAGGUUUGAGCGGUGUCCUCAGGUGAUGAGCAGAGAGGCUGUGACUGGUCCCUGUUACUGGGAGGUGGAGUGGAGAGGAAGAGUUUCUGUGGCCGUGACUCUCAGGAGAGACGGAGGGAAAGAUGACGAGUCUGAGUUUGGACAGAACCAUUAUUCCUGGAGUCUGAGCUGCUCUGAUGAUGCUGGAUAUAAAGUCUGUCACAACAACAGAGAAAUUGUCAUCGGGAGCUCAGAAGUCUCUCACAGAGUUGCUGUGUUGCUGAAUGCAACUGCUGGAGUUUUGGAAGUCUACAGAGUCUCCUCUGGAGUCAGGACCCCCCUCUACACCUUAUUCACCUCCACUGAACCUUUGCACCUGGGAUUUGGACUCAGAGAGGCUCCUGGUUCUGGUUCCUCAGUGUGUGUGUGUGACCUGAGUGUGUGAAUGUGUUCAAAUCCCCAUCCAAACUGCUGAAAGUGAGGAAUGAAUCUGUUUCUGAAACAAACAUCUUCUACGUUUGAAGAAGAGAAACUUUCUCUUUCAUCACUCUCCUUUCUCCUGUGAACGUCUUCAUGUUCUGCUGAGUGGUAUCUUCCUGCUCCUUCUAUCAUCACUGUGUUCAGUCACUGAAAGACUCCUCCAAGUCUCCAUCCUCACGUGAAGAAGACUUCAGCACAUUCUCAAACCCGUCUGUCCUUCUUCUUCCCUGUGGACAGAUCACAUGACAACAAUCUUCAUCCAUGAACUCUUGAACUGUCGGUCGACCUUUAGUGAAGAGUUCAGAUCAACUUUGAAAUAUCUGAUUGAAUGACAACAUUUGUGGAGCCACAAAAAGGAUUUGUAUUUGUUUGUGUCAAAAUAUUGCAGCCAUUUUGAAACAGAAAAAAAAUCAUAUUUGAGAUUGGGUCAAAUUCUAAAGGUGUCUGAAAACAUUUUAUGCCACUGUAAAUGAACAGAAAAUCUAGAUUCCCCUCUGGAUCUUUGUCUUUUCCCACCAAGAUUCCCCACUGAAGUGAUUAGAAUGGUAUCAGUGAGGAAGCGUGCAGCUGAGCUCCUCUCAGUAGAUCAGCAACUGUCACCAGAGGAAUAAUAGUCGAAGCUCACCAUCAUGGAAAAUGACAUGUACUGUACCACAGAGGACUCUCCACAGGCCAUUUGAAUUCCUCCUAUCGUGUCCCUGUUUCUGGUUGGAAAGGUUACGGCCGUGGUGUGACAGAGUGUGGUGUGACAGAGUCACAGUAAUCAGGAAGCUUAAAGGUACGUUCACACCGAACGUGCCUUUUUAGUCACGGUAGCGUCGUCAGUAGCUGGUAGCUUGCUCAGGUCGUGAUUAGUUGCCACCUACCCGGUUCGAACACGUCGCCAAAGUCGCCCGAGGGCGUGGUCUCAAGUUGUGAAUUGUGGAUUUAAAGAUGGCGGAGCUUGGUCACGUACAAGCUGUAGCGGCGCUUUAUCUUUUCGAAAAAAGGAAAAAACGACGUCUGUGGGUACAUGAUGUCCUCCGAAAUCGCUCGCAAUUUGGCGAGUUUCACCACCUCCUCCAGGAGCUUCGGCUGAAUGACGAGCGGUUCCAGCGGUACUUUCGGCUGAACCCAGCCAGUUCGACGACCUGUUGUCCCGGAUCGGUGCUCGGAUUUCCCAUCAGGACACCGACAAUCCCCGCGGCUGAAUGGCUGUCCAUUUGCCUAAUCAAUGUGUAAUGUUAUGAAGUGCAUCGCAUGCGCCGACCUUCCUGCGAGGGAACGGCGGAGGAGGGAGGCCCUCCGCUCGUGGUUCGGUGGCCUGGUCAAGAAGGCUAAGCCGCCCAAGCCCAAGGCGCGCCAGUCCACGACCACAGGUAAGGGCAAGCGGCCAAAGAUGAAGUCCUGGGACGAGUAUGA